GUAGAAUCAUGAGGUACUCAAAAGUGAAACCACAUGAAGGAUGGUCACCAGAACAAAAACUCCCUUAACUUAAUCAGCUGCUGCUCAUCUUAGCUUUUCAUGUGGAUUUUGUUGAUCAUUCCUAAACCAAAGUUUGCUUCCCUCAAAUAUUGUCCCUGUGAGAGCAUCACAGCCCUGACGCCAAGAGAGACACUGCUAGCUCAGACAAAAAUUGUACUGUUUUGGAAUGAGAACAGGUUAUACAUUUAUGUAUACACACUGAAAAUGCACAUCCUUGAACUAUCUACUGUAUGUGUGUGUUCGUGCACACACGCCUCUGCGUGUGUGUGGGUUUGUGUGUGGAUAAUAAUCUCGCUGAGGUAGGAGAGAUGCAAGCCAAAGCACACUUCUGAACCCCUGAACACUCCACCACACUCACAGGGACACACAUAAACAUUUGUAUGCAGCUGCACACAAACACACACUGGCACGAAAACGUGCUCGUACACACACAGAACCCGGCUCAGCGAGACCAUUGAAGCGCAUGCACACACAAGGCCAUGACUCUGCAGCCUGCAGCCUUUGGCUUUAUCCCUCUGCUAUUCACCAACAAGCCCUGUAAGCCCCCAAAGCUUUGUUCCUACCAUCACACACAUAUAGAAACACAAGUGCACACAUAAAGCAGUGGAAAAUACACAAACACACACACACUUCUGCUGCAUAAGCACUGCACCUCUGGGGUACUGGUGUUGCUGUGGACACAGAAACACAGAGGAAAGUUAGACUACGUGUGUGUGUGUGUGUGUGUGUGUGUGUGUGUGUGGUGGGGGUCACACAAAGGUGUGGUUAGUUUCUCUGGGGAGGCAGGGCUGUAUGCAUGUUUGUUUUGUUUUUUUCUUUCAGGGUGGGGCUUCACAUCUCUGGUGUGUGUGCGUGCACGCACGUGUACCCAGUGUGCACAUUCGUAUAUCAGCAUGCAGCUAAAAUGCUACCAGCCACAUGUCCGCCCCUCUCUCGGACUUCAUGGACCCCGAUCCCAACCACCUUGUCCUGGCUGCACAGCCCAGAGGCGGCCCACCUGCCUCUGGAGAGCACGGCGUACCAAGACCUGCAAUGUUUGCCAUGGAGAUCAACGUGCAGCACGACCCACACACCGGUGAGCAGCGCAUCCUUUCAGCCAACCGCGUGAGCCCGCUGGACGCAGCUUCACGCGGGGUCAAAGUCUACGAUGACGGCAGAAAAGUGGUCUACGAGGUCACUUCCUCUGGGGGCGUGUCCACCACUACUGUGGAGAAUGGCUGGAGCUCUGAGCAGGUUGACCGGCUGGUCCAGCGAGCUGCCAGGCCUGCAGUACGAGGAGAAGACAGCAGGAGGGGUCAGGUGACAUCUGCUCCACAGGCAUAUGUUUCUCCAGCAGAUGUUGAUGAUCUGUCUCCCCCUUCCUGCGCCCCGCCAUCCAUCCCUUCUAGCCCCCCAGCCCAGGUCUCCCUCCAGAGAGAAACCCGCCUUGGCAUGAUGCCUCCCUCCUCUGUUCCCAUCACAACCCAACCAGGCUCCUCAGCCCACCCGGGCAAUGAGCUCACCUCCCCACCCCAAGCCACCACGGAGCAUCCGGUCACUAUGGUGUUCCUCGGCUACCAGGACAUUGAGGACGUGAGCGAGAGUAGGCGGUUGCUCGGCUUUGAUGGUGCCGUGAAGGCCGAGGUUGUUCUCAUUGAUGAAGACGACGAGAAAUCCUUGAGGGAGAAGACGGUCACUGACAUCUCUGUCAUCGACGGCACUGCGGCUGACCUCGUGUCAGGGCGGCCGGCCACAUCUGAAGCCGUUAGCACCGAACUGUCAUCUGACGGCCGUGAGCCUGACAGCGCAUCCUCACCUCCUGCAAAUCCAGACGCCAGCACGGCCCCCCCGCCGGGCCUCACCCCCGCCACAGGUUACAGCCAAACACCAGGGGUUACCGUAACAACAGCAAAUGGCUGUGAACAUCUUAUUUCAAGCAGACAUCCCCACACUGCCAUGAAACUGUGGCAUGCAUCUGAGGAUGUUAGUGACACCGUACCAAGAGAGCGAGCCCUGAAGAGCGUCAGUUUCCAGGAAUCAGUCAGCUUUAUCACUGACAGGCCUGCAAAUAUGGAAUUGGAGAUCCAACAUGGCUGCCUCAGCAGUAACCGAGCUCACGGUGCUGGUGUGAAAGUAGAGACUCCUGACAGUGAUGUAGUACAGGAGAUCCGCUACCUGGACCAGGUGUUAGAUGCAGCGUCAGAAACACCUACUAAUGGAAGCGCCUCCCCUUCAGAGCUCAUCAAACCAAUCAGCAUCGAUGGAACCUCUCCCGCUGUCUGUGUGUCGGCCUCGUCGCCCACCACUCACCAGUCAAUCAUUGUAGAGGGACAAAGACAGUGCACCUUCGUCCACCAGGAUGGCUCUCCUGUGAGAACCAAUGGGCAUGUACAUGGAGACGAGUCGGGGUGCAGCAAGGCCAAGUUUGAACUGCGAGCAUUUCAGGAGGAGAGACGUCCAGCGAAACUCUUCACCCCCGGAGAGGAGCAGCAAGUCAGGGUGACAAGGAGACGACCCUCAGAGGAGGUUCAGGAGUUGGAGCGUGAGCGGCAGGAGCUGAUCAAAGACCAGGCAGUGAAGAAGAACCCCGGGAUUGCACAACGCUGGUGGAACCCUCCCAAGGAGAUCCCUUUGGAAGAACAGCUGGACCCAGAGCAGCUUGAGUCUCUCAAGAAAUACAUGGAGAGGAAGCAGCAGAGGCAGAGUGACACUUUUACAUGCACACAGACCCAGGUAUCAGGUCUUCCCCUAAUGGUAAGCUUUGAUCCAGAGCUAACCAAGAAGGAGGACAUUGUGGAGGAGCAGAUUGAUUUCUCAUCUGCCAGGAGGCAGUUUCUGCAGAGCGAGCCAACCAAGAAGGAUGUAACUCCUCAGUUAUACUCUGCCAAACCCUUCUCAAAAUCUACAACAAGGGGCAGCCCAGGGGGCAGAGACAUUGUUGCAGAAACUGGAGAGACUCACGUGACUUGGUCUGGUGAAGAAAUUGCAGGAGAAUUUACGUGUGCGCGAGCUGUGAUGACCAUUCUGCAGGAGGAGGAGGAAGGAAAAGGUCACUUUCAUUCAUCUUUCCACCCAGAGGAGUCAGACUCAGGGUUAGAUGAGUUGUCUCUCCGCUCUCAGGACACAACUCUAUUUAGUUUGGAUAAUGUUUCUGACAGUGGGGCCUCCCUGCCCCCGACUCCACUACCACUCACCCCAGUGUCACCACCAACCCCUCAGCCCACCACCCCAGUCAAUGGGCAGGCUAGCGGCAGCCCAACAGAAGACGAGCUGGAGUACCACGCAGGGGUGCUCGUCCAAAAUGCCAUCCAGAGUGCCCUAGCAGCUCAGAACGGAAGAGACUGGCAGCCAUCUGAUUUGAACUCUUCACAGCUGAGCGCCCCUGUGUCACCAUCCUCUGCCUCUACAAGUAGCCCAGUGCCAGUUUCUUCCUCUCCUUCAUCUUCCAGUGGGGCCCCCAGUUUCCAGUCGCCUGUAUCCUCCAGUCCUGGGCCAUCCAACCCAUCCCCACAGCCAGACGUGCAGCCACAAGUGAGCGUGAUUUCCCAAGAGAAGCCAUCAGAGUCGCAGCAGUUCCAGGCGCCUUCCCCUCCUUCAUCUCAGCCAGUUUCACCACCGCAGAGACCAAGAAACGGAGGCCCAAGGAUCAAAAUCCAGUCCUCUUACACCAGAGCGCUCGCCUCCUCAACUCCAGCUCCGACUCCAGCCCCUGCUUCUACCACAGCAGCUCCUGUCUCCAGGCCAACCCCAGUCUACCGUCCCCCUUCUCCUCCAAGCCCAGAGAAACCGGAGUUCAGUUACUUCAGUAAAUACUCAGAGGCGGCUGAACUGCGGAGCACAGCUGCAGUGGCACGAGGCCCCGAGGUGGAGCCGGCCAGCGGCCCGUUCCGCCUGCGCUCCAAGAAGCAGCGAACUCUGUCCAUGAUAGAGGAGGAGAUCCGAGCAGCUCAGCAGAGAGAGGAAGAGCUGAAAAAGCAGAGGGAGGUCCAGCCUGCUGUUGUGCGGCCAGGCAGCACCUCCAGCAACAGUCAUGGAUCACUGAGGACAGGAGUGAGGCAGACCACCAUUUCUCCUGCAGAUAAGAUGAAGAGCAACAGCCUGCCAACCAGACUCACACUGACAGCACGGACUGCACCAGGGAAGAUCGAGAAGGUUCGUCCUGCACCCCCUGUCUCACCCUCACCCUCUGAAGGAGCCCUGUCCGAUGCUGGCAGCGAGGACUCAGGAGGAUCACGACCCAAAAACUUCAUGCAGACACUUAUGGAAGACUAUGAAACACACAAGGUGAAGAGGAGGGAAAAAAUGGAAGACAACAGUUAUGCCCAUUUGUUGCUGGCUAAUGAGGUAACCACUGAGGUCUUAGAGGCCACUCGAGUGACACGGAGGAAAAGCAACAUGGCACUGAAAUGGGAGGCCGGUAUCUAUGCCAAUGAAGAUGGAGAGGAGGAGGAGGAAGAGGAGGAGGAAGAAGAGGAGUGAGCGACUCUUCUCAGAGACGGUGAAGGAGACCAGUGGAAAGCAGGAGGAAGAGGAGGAUGUGGAGACUGAAAGACUAAUGAAAACAGGAGGAGAAAGGACAGAAAAUUAAACAGUAUUUAUUCUACUAAUAGUAUCCUGAUGAUCACAUGACUCCCCCACCCACCCUCUGGCUUGAGCUAGUGGGGCUUAUCAAAGAGUUGGGAAUUGAAGGCAUUACAGUACGUUACAAGACUUUUGGGAGAGAUUUUUAAGGUAUUGAUGUGUGUUUGGAGAUGUAGUAAUCCAAGACACUUUUGGAAUGGUUUUAUGUUGGUUUGAGGAUGAUGUAAGAUUUUUUUCUAGUUGGUAGAAGAUGAAUGACUUUAUAGGACUGUUCCUAUAUGUGCAGUUUAAUUAUUAAAAUACGAGCUAAGCUCCAAUCGUUUGGAUUGCCUGGGAAGUAUUGAUGAAAGGUUUGGCUGUGUGUCCUUCAAAAUAAUCCCGGUCAUUUUGGAAAAAGAAGCAGGUGUGUGUGUGUGUGAAGUGGCUUUUAAGAAACCUCUGACUGACAGCUGCAAAAGAAAAAGACAAAAUGCAGCUGCUAACACACACACAAACCAUGUCUGGAUUGUUUUGUCCUUUGAUGAUGCUGCUGCAGGAAAGCUGAAACAUUUUCGAGGAACUGAACCAAAGGAGCCACUACGCAUCACUCUCAGAAUGUUUUAUCUUGUGCAGUGUGCACCCUGCAGUGUCAGAGUACACCACAGUGCAGACAUAACACAAGCAUGACGUGUUGGUGGGAGCUUUUAUAUAUAUAUAUAUACACACCACUGUUCAAAAGUUUGGGGUUACUUUGCCAUGGGAU